AUUUUUCCGAUUGACGGAGACGCCGAGAUUUAUCCUUCAUCGGCGUUGUUUUCUCGCCGGAUUCUCAAAGCCCUAGCUGAAGAAUCUCUGAACAAGUGGAAAUGCCGUUCUGGUGGCCACUGAUCGUUCUCGCCUUCGCUUACGCGAUCUGCAAGUUCCUUCUUAUGCUCAUUCCUCCCAAUGUUCCUUCCAUUGACGUAGACGCAUCCGAUGUCUUGGCUCAUGGGAAAGAUACGGAGGAGAAUAGCUUCAUUUAUAUUCCUCCGAGAGGCAGGAGCCAACAGUCAGACAAAAAAGUUCAAUGCUAUGAACCUGCCACAAUGAAAUAUCUCGGAUAUUUCCCUGCUCUGUCGCCUACUGAGGUUGAGGAGCGAGUAACACUAUCAAGGAAGGCUCAAAAGACAUGGGCUCAAAGUAGCUUCAAGCUUAGAAGGCAGUUCUUGCGGAUUCUUCUCAAGUACAUUAUUGAACACCAAGAACUUAUAUGCGAAGUCUCUUCACGUGAUACUGGAAAGACUAUGGUAGAUGCGUCCCUGGGAGAAAUAAUGACUACUUGUGAGAAAAUUACUUGGCUUCUUUCUGAGGGCGAACGAUGGUUAAAGCCUGAAUCUCGUUCUUCAGGAAGAGCUAUGCUUCAUAAAGUAUCAAGAGUAGAGUUCCAUCCCCUUGGUGUCAUUGGAGCUAUAGUCCCAUGGAAUUAUCCCUUCCACAAUAUUUUCAAUCCUAUGCUGGCUGCAGUCUUCUCGGGGAAUGGCAUUGUUAUUAAGGUUUCAGAACACGCUAGCUGGUCGGGAUGCUUUUACUUCCGCAUAAUCCAGGCAGCUUUAGCUGCUGUUGGAGCACCUGAAAAUCUAGUCGAUGUGAUAACAGGGUUUGCGGAGACCGGAGAAGCACUUGUCUCAUCUGUUGAUAAAAUGAUAUUUGUUGGAUCCACAGCUGUUGGCAAAAUGAUAAUGAGAAAUGCAGCCGAGACAUUGACACCUGUCACACUUGAGCUUGGUGGAAAAGAUGCAUUUAUCAUAUGUGAAGACGCAGAUGUCUCACAUGUUGCUCAAGUGGCUGUAAGGGGCACUCUUCAGUCCAGCGGGCAAAACUGUGCGGGUGCUGAAAGAUUUUAUGUUCACAAAGACAUUUAUACUGCAUUCAUUAGCCAAGUAACCAAGAUUGUGAAGUCAGUUUCUGCUGGUCCUCCUCUAACCGGGAGGUAUGACAUGGGUGCUAUAUGUUUGCAAGAGCACUCUGAACACCUACAGAGCCUUGUAAAUGACGCCUUAGACAAAGGAGCAGAAAUUGCAGUCCGUGGCAGCUUUGGUCAUCUGGGCGAAGAUGCAGUCGAUCAAUAUUUCCCUCCAACUGUUCUCAUCAAUGUAAACCACAACAUGAAAAUAAUGAAAGAAGAGGCUUUUGGACCAAUAAUGCCAAUCAUGCAAUUCAGCACCGAUGAAGAGGUCAUAAGGCUGGCAAAUGACUCACGCUAUGCGCUAGGCUGUGCUGUUUUCUCUGGAAGCAAGCAUCGCGCCAAACAAAUAGCUUCUCAAAUUCAGUGCGGUGUUGCUGCAAUCAAUGACUUUGCCUCAAAUUACAUGUGCCAGUCGCUCCCGUUUGGAGGUGUAAAGGAUAGUGGGUUUGGACGGUUUGCUGGUAUAGAAGGUUUAAGAGCAUGCUGUCUUGUGAAAUCGGUGGUUGAAGAUAGAUUUUGGCCACUCAUCAAGACCAAGAUUCCAAAACCUAUUCAGUACCCGGUAGCAGAAAACGCAUUUGAAUUCCAGGAGGCGCUAGUCGAAACUCUUUACGGACUCAACAUUUGGGACCGGCUAAGAUCCCUAAUCGAUGUCCUCAAGUUCCUUACUGAUCAGAGCUCUAACGUGAGCAGAGCUAGAAAGAGCCACUGAGGAUUAAUGACGAAAACUUGGUGUCCACUGUCCACAUGAAACCUUUACUCUUUACAUGCGUCAGCUGAGUUGCUGAUAUUGCAAAGCUAAUUUUGGUUAUUAGUGAGCAUUUUGGGUUUUACAUAUAAGCCUAAGAAAGACUCGUUUUUUUU